UCUCUCUCUCUUCGUCUGUCUCUCUUCACUCCGUUCUAUCCACUCACCUACUCCUUCCCUCCUGUCUCUUCCUCCACCAGCCCAUCUGUGGGUGCCGCCGGAAGAAAAAUCCGCGAUAGAAAGAGGCGGAACUGUUGACGAAGCCUGGGAACGAAACAAAGAAGCGUCGAAAGGGGAGGGCGAGAGGAAGGAAGGGGAGGGGCGAGAGAUGGGGAUCCGGUUCGUGCUGCUGGUGAACAAGCAGGGGCAGACGCGGCUGGCGCAGUGCUACGAGCACCUCUCCCUCGACGAGCGCCGCGCCCUUGAGGGCGAGAUCAUCCGCAAGUGCCUCGCCCGCACUGACCAGCAGUGCUCUUUCGUGGAGCACCGUAACUACAAGGUCGUCUAUAGGCGCUACGCCUCCCUCUUCUUCCUCGUCGGCGUGGACAACGAUGAGGCGUCCGACAGGUUCUGCACCUGCAUGCUCUUCUCCAUAUUCCAUGAGGUAUUGCAUCAGGAACUGGGGACAUGCAAACCAAGCUGGUACACGAGCUGGUGUGCAUCAAGUGUGUACAUUUUCAUGAUUGCAUUCAUGUUACUUCCCCAUCAAAAUUUGAUCUUCUCAGGACAGGUAAGUUAUUCACAUUCUAAAAUUCUCUCACGGCUAGUGAUUUGUAGGCCUUUCAUAUGCAAUCCUGAAUUAGUUUCAUAUCUGGUACUUACUAUGCAAACAUCUUUGUUUCUUCUUUCUAUUUGCAUUUCUUUAUGCCGAGGCCUUUCCUUCAUCCUAGAUUAAUGCUCUGCUAGUAAUUCACGCUUCACUGAUAUUUGACAUAGAAAAUGAUUGUUUCCAAUAUUAUCAUAUUAGGGUACCCCUAUGCAAGUGUCAAUUACGUACUUAGUAGUCACUGUUACCAAGGUUUCAGAAAAUGAAGCGUGCACUUUUACAACUUUAAUGCUAC